UCUCAUCUCGACUAAAUGGCUCCGUGUGCAAUUUGAUGAAUAUUGUUUGUGCCAAAGCGUCAGAAACAGAUCGGUCAUGUUGAAAGGCAGAUAGCUGUGACACCGAGGACAGCGAGGGAAGCUGCGUCACCUCUCCACCUCACGGUUACGCAUAGUUAGUUCGACCUGGAUUUCGGAAGAGAGUUUGCUCAACUGUUACCGUUAUCGUGGCUUCCUGGGCUUAAUGUUCCGUUUCUUUGCUUUUUUGUGGAGAACCGUGGAGACCACCGCGUAUCAUGCUUAAGGCUGCGUUAAAGGCGAGCGUGUCGGGGUUCUGAUGAAUAGUUUGCCGCCUUUCAAACUUCAACGCAGGAGUAAACGUUAGACUCGAGGAGCAGCCCGUACGGACCCACAUCAGCAUGGUGAACAGCCAAAUGUCAGGUGUGCUGCCAGCCUCUAAGUCUUGUGCCGGAUGUGGAGGAAACAUCACUGACCGCUUUCUGCUCUUUUCAAUGGAGCGCUACUGGCACACUCGCUGCCUUAAAUGCUCCUGCUGCCAAGCCCAGCUCGGGGACAUUGGCACCACCUGCUACAGCAAAGGGGGCAUGAUUCUGUGUCGGAGCGAUUACAUCAGAUUGUUUGGGCACAGUGGGGCAUGCAGUGCCUGCAGCCAGUCGAUUCCAGCCAGUGAAAUGGUGAUGAGGGCACAAGGAAAUGUUUACCACCUCAAGUGUUUCAGCUGUGUCACCUGUAGAAACAGACUGAUGCCUGGAGAUCGGUUCCAUUAUGUCAACGGCACCAUUUUCUGUGAGCACGACAGACCUGGUGCUGCUUUGCUCAACAGUCACCUGCCAAUUCAGAGCAGCUCUGUGCUGGCAGACCAGAAGGUUUGCUGAGAUAUGCUGUGUCCUGUGGUUCUGCUCACCUAGGCAUUGUCUUCUACUCCUGCUUCUGCUGCUGUUGUGGAACUUUCCUCAUCUCUCUUCCUUAGAAGGGAUGCGACUUCCCACCAAGAAGUCCUGUCAGUCACUAUAUCGGAGAUUCUAUGUACUGCUACAAAAUCACAUUUAUCAUUUAUUCGAUGUUAAAGGGGUCUGUGAAAACUGUAUAUAUGGACUAGAGGCUGGCUAGAGCCUUCUUCAGGACUCCAGAAAAAGCUGGAGUAGAUCAGUGAUGGUGUAAAGCCAGUGCCUACUGAACAAAGGUUGGGAGAAGAGGAUUAAAUGAAGGGUUAAUGGACAGCUAUAAAAUAACCAUGAGAGCUUUGCGUACGCUGUGUGGCAUUCUUUUCUCUGAAUGAAUGCCCUGAAUGGGUUCCUGAUGGCUCUCAAUCUGAGAUAUCACACGCUGAAGAUUAUGAAUGUACCACUGAUGUAUGUGGGGCUUAGGUUUUUUGCCAUGUUAAUUUAUGGAAAAGUCUCUAAAUGACUGUAAAAAGAGUGUCACACCAGGGACCUUCACAGCUCUGAUCCUUAUUUUAUUUAUUUUUAAAUGCACACCAAGAAUCUGAAGCAUCUAAACUGAUUCAGUGGGGUUUAUUUCAGUUUUCUUUAUUUAAUGUGUGUGUUUGUGUGUGUGUGUGUGUGGGGGGGGGGGGGGUCCAAGAGCCUAAUAAAGACAUUUUCCUGUACCAUGUCACAAAGGUCUGAGGUCAUUCUGAAGCCCUUAGCCGCAUUAUGUUAUGUGUUACUUAGCAUGGUGGAUGUGACUGGCUCCAUCACCCUCUGUACCCUUGUAUGGUGAAAACAUGCCUGAUUACCCUGAGGAAUGGAAUUAGGGUGCUUGAGUUCUGGCCAUUUACAGAAGCAAUUAAACAUGAGCCCUGUAUCUGUGGAGCUGGAGCUCUUAAGAGGAGGAGCGGGCACAUCCCGUGGCUCAUGACUCGGUAAUAAAGCCUAAUCUGGGAGCAGGCUAAUUAAAGGGGAGUGGCUCCACUACAUCCAUGGUAUUUGAAUUUGUAUUUACUGUUUACCAUGUUCAGCGUCUGCACAAUGUUUGCCUCGCUCUAACUUUGUAUGCCUGUUCAAUGCCAUAAAUCUGUGCAUACUAUUAAAGUUUUGUUGUUAAUCUUA